UCUUUUUUUCGUGAGCUUCCCAGUCGCUCAGGGGCAGCGCGCUCUCCUCCCUCUCCUAGCCCAGCCCAGCCCGCGUCCUCCCUGCCCUCGCUCCUCUCCUCCCUCCCACUUUCCAUUUCCCUCCGUUCCCUCCCUGGCAGGGCGUAAUUGAGUCCGAGGCAGGAUCAGGUUCCCCGCCUUCCAGUCCAAAGAUCCCGCCGAGGAAACCCCAGAGCACAGGAAAAGCCAACGUGGAGAGAGGGGAAGAAAGAAACCAGGGAGUCAUCGUUGCCGAGGCGGGAGAGCAGCCGCCGCCCAGGCAGGAGCAGCCCGGAGCCGCACCUGGACCGGCAGCCGCGGAUCUAACCCAACCUCCCCCGCGACAAAGGCAGCCGAGCACAGCGGGCGCGGACACCUGCGACUCAAAAUGCAGUCCCAGCAGUACCAGCAGCAGCGUCAAAAAUUUGUAGCUGCCUUCUUGGCAUUCAUUUUCCUUUUGGCCACUGUGGACACUGCCGAGGCAGGGAAGAAAGAAAAAGCAGAAAAAAAAGUGAAGAAGUCGGAGUGUGGGGAAUGGCAGUGGAGCGUGUGUGUGCCCACCAGUGGCGACUGUGGGCUGGGCACUCGGGAGGGCACCCGCACCGGAGCUGAGUGUAAACAAACCAUGAAGACCCAGAGAUGCAAGAUUCCUUGCAACUGGAAAAAGCAGUUCGGAGCGGAGUGCAAAUACCAGUUCCAGGCCUGGGGAGAAUGUGACCUGAAUACUGCCUUGAAGACUAGAACUGGGAGUCUGAAGCGAGCCCUCCACAAUGCUGACUGCCAGAAGACAGUGACCAUCUCCAAGCCCUGUGGCAAACUGACCAAGCCCAAGCCUCAAGAAUCUAAGAAGAAGAAAAAGGAAGGCAAGAAGCAGGAGAAGAUGCUGGAUUAAAAAAUGCCACCUUUUUGGGAACGUGACUAGGACAUCAGCAAACAGGAUCAGUUAACUAUUGCAUUUAUACCUACCGUAGGCUUUUAUUCAAAAUCAUGUAUAGCUUAAGUACACAAUAGGCAAAAACAAAGAGGAAAGAAAAUUUUUGUAGUAGCAUUUAAAAAAAUGUAUACCAUAGUACCACUAGGGGCUUGUAAUAAAGAACUGUAAUCCUAUUUAGAAAGUUGAAGUUGACUUGUAGUACAUGAUAAAUGAUAGACAAUGGAGGUAAGUUUUUUUUGAAGUUAUACAAUAUUUCACAUUUAAAUUCUUUUUUACGUUUUUUCUUUGGGCAGCAAUUUAAAUGUUGUGACCAUGUAAACUACUUCUCUUGUUAUGUUUUUUCAUCACCUAGAUUUUUUUCCAAUUGAGAAAAAUACAUACUAAAUGAAGCAGCAAUAAAAUAUAAUAACUCUGUUUGAGGGAAAUAUCUUGUCUUCUGCUGAGAGUGUUUUAAAAAUAGUCAUCCAAAUAAAUGCAGAAAAGCGGCAGAGCAACGUUGUAAUACAGAGUUGACUUUUUUAAAAAAGAAAAUCAUUAAAACAUGAAAUUCAUUUUAGCAGAAACAUCUAUUAUCUUGAUGAAAUUAUUUUUCCAUCUGAGAAAAAAAAUACUAGGAAAAAUAAAUCAAGGUGAUGCUGAAUAAAAGGUGCUUUUGUGUG